ACGUUGGCAGGAGGUUUACACAGCUAGGGGCAACUCUGCUUAACCGGGGAUCUGGAACAGUAUUUUGUCUACGCGCCGGAACAGAUCUUGAGAGCUUUUCGGACAUCUAUUGAUCUUCCGAGCAUCGACUGAAGGAGUUGCAGCCGUCGACGUGCCAUCAUCGUGGACGUCACGUGCGUUGGAGAUGGCGCUUCACUCAUCACCUGGUCAAGCAAGAAACAGCCCACGAAGCAGGAGGAAUGAGGAUAGCCCAUCAAGACAACUACAAUUUGAACUCGAGCGCGCCUUCAGCCAAAUUCAUUUGCAGGAAGUCGAGCGCCAAAAGCUGCAUGCCUAUCAACGGAGACAGCAAUGUGAAGAAUUAGAUGCGAAAGAGCAUGCUAAAGCUGAAGCCCAUCGUGCGGAACUCAAUGUCGCAACAGCUCAACAUGAAAUUGUACGCCAGCAAGCCGAGGCUGUUCUUCAGGCGUACCUGAAGCAGGAGGAAGAAGAGCGACGCCGACGUGAAGAGGAACGAAGGCGGCAGGAAGAAGAAGCCAGACGAAGGCACGAAGAAGAGCAGGCUCGCAAAAGAGCGGAGCAAGAGCGAAAGGAACGGGAGGAAAGAGAGCGAAGGGAAAGGGAACAACGGGCUAAGGAUGAAGCUGAACGACGCGCCAUAGGUGUAAAGCAGAAGGCUGAAGCACAAAAGGUGGAAUUGGAAGCCGCCCGCCGCAAAGAAGAGGAAACAGCUCAACGGAGGAGGCAAGAGAAACAGGCCAAGGCGGAGGAAGAAGCUCGCGAGAAGAAAGUCAAGGCGGCAGCCGCAGCAAGUGCCCCGACGCCAGCCAAAUCUGUUGCUCAAACACCAGCAAGUGGUAAAUCAUCGACGACCGAAGCUGAACACCAAAACUAUCUAGCAAUCCACAAGAAGCUCAAGACUUUUCGCACUGGAUUCUGGGAGAAAGUCAAGAAAGACCCGACUCUUAAACCUCAUGUAGGAGACAUGAGGCGGGCAAUGAAAACCAGCGUCGGACAACUCACGGACGAUAAGGUGGGCAACAAGAAAGCUCAUGACCGUGUCAGGUCGACUCUACACAAAGCACUAAACGAGGUUCCUUCCCCGCCUGUGUCGGUGAGCGACUACCUGCCCGCUCAUCUCUCGCUUCAAGACGGUGGUGAGACAACGAUUCCCUCGCUGGUGCUGUACCUAUUGUCAAUGUUCAGCAAGGCCAUCAUCAAUGCCUUCGUCGGCGAGUGCGCCGUUAACAGUAAAGCUGGUGAACCCAUUGGCACACUUGUGGCUCAAAUCUUCUCGAUGCCAGAACUACAAUUUUCCCGAAGGGUGCCGGCUGGAAACACACAAACGAGCGAAUCUCUUAUCUCCAUACUCAUGUGCAAAUUUCACGCUUCGGCACCAGCACUUUUCGGUGUAUACGGACCUGAAACCACAUCGGCUGGAAGGAGGCGUAUCGGCUGGCGACUGGACGAGAUCUCGGAUGGAAAAAAGGGGUUUGUCACCGAGAACAAGCAUUACGACCGUCAAACAGGUCUGGGAAUAGGAUAUGCUUCGAUAGCACUACGAAAUUUCUCCAGGACGAGAUUCAACAACCCUUGGCCGCCGGUGCAUUUCUGGGCCAGUCUUGCCCACAUCGUCAACACGCCUCCGUCAGAAGUGCAGACAACUCAUCUGAUCCUGUUGAAAUCGAUGCUAGAGAACAAUGCAGUCGAUCGAUUUGUUCUGUUCUUUGGCGCCGCAGCAAUAGCGGCCUUACGGCAAGCACUUGUCGAGUUCCCAAGAAUCCUGCCGAGAGAAAUGCAGGAGAAACCAAUAUCCAAAGCACUCGCCCUGAUGAUCGAUGCAUGGAAGACGGAAAAGCAUUUCCAUAUUGAUUAAACGGAGAGUUUGACAAUCAAUCGGGCGAAAGUAUCAGAAGGAUUUCACAGCCACGACUUGGGCUGGGAGACCGUGGCUCCUAUAUGACUAACGAUGGGGUUAUAUAUCAGCCGUGAGCGCU